GACUAUACUUGGACAUAUCGCUGUCACCAGUCACUACGACGUGCAGGGCCCUUCAUUUGCCGUGAAAUCGUCUGCAAGCCUCCCCUACUUUAGAUCACGCGUGGAUCCUUGGAGUUGCGUAUCCUGUCACCCAUGUCUCAGGACCAAGGGCAUAGUUACAGUGCGAAGGUUGACACGCUGGUCUCCCAUCUCACAAAUCCCUCAAACAGGGCGGAUGCUGAUCCGGAAGACGACGAACAGCUCUUCGCCGAGUUAGAAGCAGAGCUGGAAAAUGAGGACUACGCCGCUAGGGAACACGGGAUCCAAGCCCUUCAGCGAGAGAUGGAACGAGUGCGGGAUAUGAAGGGCAGUGGGCAUGGAACAUACAUGGAGAUCAAGGAUGAAAAGGAAGUCAUGCGGAUAAGUGCGAACGAACCUCGCUGCAUAAUCCACUUUUUCCACACCGACUUCCGACGGUGCGAGAUCAUGGACAAGCACUUGGCUAAGCUCGCACCGAAGUACUUCUCGACGCGCUUCAUCCGUGUUUUCGUCGAAAAUGUGCCUUGGUUGGUUGAGAGACUGUCUGUGAAGGUGUUGCCCUGCGUUAUAUCCUUUAAGAAUGGGGUCUCCAAAGACAGAGUAAUUGGGUUCGAAGAGCUAGGGAAUAGUGACGUGUUUGAUACAGCUGUUCUCGAGUUCCGCUUCCUGCAGAGCGGAGUUAUCCAAAAGGAAUCAUCGAGUACCUCUCAGCCCACGUAUAAUGUUUCACAACCUGCUCGGCAACACAUUCGUAGCCAAAAUCAUGACGACGAUGAGUUCGACUUGGAGUGAUUCUGAUUCAUAUGCAGUAAAGCGGGUCACGUGGCUAAUCCGAUCGUGUCUGUCCGAUCUCGAGCCGUGUUGCGGGGAUUUCGUAGGUACGCCUGUCAGUUGUCAGCCAUGUAAUAUAUAAGUAAAGGC